AUGGUACUCAUCACGAGGCCUGGAAUACUUCUAGACUCACCUAAGGUGAUGUUCGGGUGGGUGAAAUGGCAUACCAUUGUUUGCUCAAGUGAACCAUUGGCCUUGCACAGUACAACACACAGAAUCGCCAUACAUUUAGGCGUCUUGCCAAGGAUGCGAAGCGGCGACAACAAUCAUUAUUAUGUGCAGGUUUAUGCACACUUUCAUAGCUUCCAAAUACCUGUCUGUCCUUCGUCAAACCUUCCCAGCAGCUGCUAUCCUUUCACUUAUCUCAAAAUGAAUCUCAGCAACAUAUAUGACUCCUGGACUGGGGAGAUCAGCAUGACCUUUUGUAUUGUCUGCUGUGGUGCUCUAGCAACUGUGCUCGUUUGCUGGGACGGCCACACCGCACCACAAGUCAUACCGAGUUUCCCCCAACACGCUCGCAUCUAUCCUCGCUUCAGCAGCGAAGGUGUCUCUACUCAUAGCUGCGGCCGCUGCAAUAGAUCAUUGAAUUUACAAGACAACAAAUUGGGGAAUGCUGCGUCUGCUAUUGAACUAUUCGAUGAUGCCAGUCGAGGCUCGAUGGGAGCAAUCACGCGGCUUCUCAGCGGCCGACGAGGACCGAUCGUUGCUGGAAUAUGCACUCUCGUUAUCAUCACUUCGGUAGCUUUUGGGGCGUUUAUUCAGCAGGCAAUUUCGUACCCAUUACAGCUCAUUUCCAAGCCUUGUAAUAAGGCUCAAAUGCCGAUUAUCAGAGAAUUUCACGAGCUUGUGACAUCUUCCUUGGCCUCUCUCUCCUAA